AGCAGAAGUGAGGCUUACUUAACACUCAGUUAGCGUGGAGCAGCGGUGUUGAUCCUCCAUAAGCAAUGGCGGGUGCGCGUAUUGCCGCCCUCUCGUCCCUCACACCUUCCAUUAACCCCACCGCCACAACGCCCACGAAACCGCUUGUGUUAGCUUGUCUUCCAAAACCCACCAAGAGAAAAAACUAUCUCCGCCCCAAAAUCCUCAAAACCCUUCCUAAACUCCCCCCAAACCCCAUAAUUCCUAUCCUAUCCCCCGAAACCGAAACCCCUCUCGAACCCCACCUCGAUUCCGAGUCUCCAGCCGACGAAACCUUCGGUGAUAACUGCGCCGCUGAUAAGGUCGAGGAAUUCCGAGUAUCCGAGACAUCGGCAGAACAUGAUGGCGUCGUCGGUAAAUUUUCGUCCAAGUCUGUCCUAAAAUACGGUGCAUAUUUGGUUGGGAUAUUUGUGUUUCAAACAUUCUGUGCUGUUUGGGUACUGGGAAAUGCCAAUUCUGAGAGAAAAGAAAGGAAUUUGGAUAAUUCGGAUUUGGGUAUUGGUGAAAACAAUAAAGGGAAAUUUUUGUUGAGCGAAAAUGGAAUUGGGUAUGUGCAAGACGAUGAGUUGGAGAGAAAAAUUGAAGAGAUUAGAGCAAUGGCUAGGGAGGCGCGGAGGAGUGAGGCGAAGGCGGUGAAGGAAGAUGUUGAGGGUGAUGAUGACGUUGGCGAAGAAAGCGCGGUUUCUAGGCAUAGAGAUGGCAUUGAGAAGGAGAUUGGUGCAAGAUUGAUCAAGUUGCAGAAGAAGUUGAAUUCCACUCCGGAGGGGUUACCGGGGUUGUUUGUUAAUUAUUUGGGGAUGUCUGGGAAGGGGGAAGAUAGGGUGAGUAGGGAUAGUUCGGAUUCGAAUGAGGCGAAUGGGAUGUUGAUGUUUAAGAAAAAGUCUAAGUUUAGAAGCCCUUCAACGAAGCGGGUUGAUCGUCCUAAGGGUUUUGGAGGCACCAGAGAUCGUAACACAAAAAAGAGUGGUUCGGGUAGGGUUGGUACAAUGAGUCGAAAUGGAAGUGUUGGUGAUGAUGGUGUGGAAUUGUUGGACCUUGAAAUGCAGGUGGGCCAACAGCAUAGUGACUAUCAGGAAAGGGGGAGGGCGGAUUUGGAAAAGGAAAUGGGAUUUGGAAAUGCCGAACAGAGAAAUGGUAAUGUUACUAAAUUGCCAGGUGUCUUCCAGGAGACUGGUCUAGAGAGGCCUUCAGUUGAAUUAGUAAAUUCACAACAAUCGGUAAAGUUGGGGACUCAUCAUUCUCAGAGAUUCGCUAAUGGAAAACCUGAAACUACCACCACUUCUGAUAAGCAUGCUGUUUUGAGUAUAAAUCGCAGUUCAAAACAAAGAGAAGUUGGAGAUGAAACGCUGGCCAACAAAUUCAGAGAAAAGCAACCAAAAAAUGAGACUGAUUUCUGGUGGUCAAGUCUUCCUUAUGUUCUAGUUAUUGUGAUCCGUAGGGGUUCUGAGCAUGAAGGACAAGGAGGACUGUACACCUUAAAGACUGCUUCUCAGGCCCAGGAACAGAGUAGCUCUUCCUAUACUGUUGCUUUCGAGGAUCAAGUUGAUGCCAAAAACUUCUGUUUUCUACUGGAAUCAUUUUUUGAAGAACUGGGCAAUUUUAGUGCUGACAUUGUUCCUUUAUCAAUAAAGGAACUUCAUGAAGCAGCAGAAGCAAAUGCCAUGAAGGUAAUUGUUGUGAAGAAGAGGCAGCUUCAGCUCUAUGCUGGCCAACCAUUUGCUGAUGUUGAGAUGGCUUUGCACUCUUUGGUUGAAGAAGAUUAGAGUGCCUGUACGCCAAAUUCAAGAUAGAAUGUGGACACUGUUUCUCAUCAUUGC